UUUAUAUCCUCACAGGCUCACACACACACACACACUCCAUUAAAGAUUAAACCAUUUUUAAUAAAAGUACAUUCAUUUUACAUACAGUCCAAGAAACUCACAAUCUCAGUGACCCUCUACAGGCUCAACCCCAGAAAAAUACAAUUUCCAUUUUUUAUUUUUCUUUUUCUUUCUUCACAAAAUGCCAACUUCAGAUUCAUAUCUAAGGCAGCUGAGCAGCAAAGGGGUUUGGAAAUCCUCUUCCAAGAGAUGGGCUGAGUCUGAUGGUAGAGGUUGUGGGCCCAACCUGGGCCAAAUAGAUGGGCUGAAAAACAUUUGUGGAGUUGAAAAAGGUAGCACCUCUGGUGUGAAGAAGAGGGUCAUGGUGGUUUUGGAUCAGCCUUCACACUCCAAGCAUGCUAUGAUGUGGGCCCUCACUCAUGUGGCCCACAAUGGUGACAUUUUCACUCUACUCCAAAUUGUUUCUCACUCUAAAUGUAAUAAGGGCACAGAUGAUUUUUCCUCUCAAUGUCUUGUAGCCUCACUGGGCUCACUCUGUAAGGCCUGCAAGCCAGAGGUUGAAGUUGAAGCAUUAGUCAUCCAUGGACCAAAAAUGGCUACAAUUAUGAGCCAAGUGAAGAAAUUGGAGGUCUCUGUAUUGGUCCUAGGUCAAAAGAAAAUAUCUCCAUUUCUCAAUUGCCUGUUUAUUGGGAGGAGCACAGAGGAAUUUGUGGAAGAAUGUAUCAACAGUUUGGAGUGUUUGACAAUUGGAGUUAGGAAGCAGAGCAAAGGAGUCAAUGGGUACCUCAUUAGCACAAAAUGGCACAAGAACUUUUGGCUCCUGGCUUAGAUUUUGAUCAAUUUGAAGUAGGAAUAGGAAAAUAAUUACAAUGUAGAAAAUAAUUUGUAGUAACAGUCUUGUAUUUCUAAAUUAUCAAUCCUCAUGAACAAGAGAGCACUUUAGAUAUUUCACAAUCAAUUAUUAUUACAAGCUAGAUCUAGCAAAGUGCUUAUGAGUGU